AUGCCACAAAAGCAACUGUUUGUUUGUGCUUUGUAUGAUUACAACCGCCAACAUACUGACGAGCUUUCAUUUAAAAAAGGCGACGUACUAAGAGUUUUGAAACAAUUAGAAGGUGGUUGGUGGGAAGGUAGCUUGAAUGGAUUUGUUGGCUGGUUUCCUAGUAACUACGUAACACAUGCUACUAGUUUAGAUGAGAAGGGUAAUCCCACUACUGAUGAAAGUUCGUUGAUACACUUACAAAACUUUCAAAACGAGAUUAUACAGCAUGUUUUAGAAGGUGAAUUAAGACAAGUUAGUGAACUGUCUCAGUUAUUGUCAGUAUUUACGGUUAACCUGGAGCCUCUACUUCACUUAUCAUUCUUAAACAAACUCGUCAAUUUAAGAGACAUAUUAUUUCAAAUUAUUAGUAUACAUCAACAUUUGGCCUCGGCUUUAACAGAAAUGAAAUGUACACAUGGACCGAAAUGUAUGGGUCGGCUAUUUUUAGAAUUCGCUCCAGCGAUUAAUGCAGUUGGGUGUGAUUAUUCAAAAAUUUAUUUACAUGUUAUAACAGGAUUAGAAGAACAUAUUACAGAAGUAACAAAAUAUAUGAGUUCAUGUAAUAUUAAAUUACAAUUGGUUCAUUGUAAGCAACAACUCACUCUUAUAUUUGAACGUUUGGGUCGUUAUCCUUUACUUUUAAAAGAGAUGGAACGCUAUUUAGAGGAGCCACACAUUGACCGACCCGAUAUUCUUCGUGCAAUGAAUGUUUAUAGUGAAAUAACGGAAAGGUGUGCAAUACUUAGAAAAUUUAAAGAGUAUGAUAUCAAUGUAUUACUGUCAGUAAUAAACGGAUGGCGAGGACCGCCUAUUCAACAACUUGGUGACCCAAUUCUCACUCUACGUGUUCUUCUAGCCAACAUACAAAUAAACCAAUCAACCCUACCAGAUUUCAUUCAUAUAAAUGAUAUAUAUACAAGAAAAACACAAUUAUCAUUAUUGGUUAUAUUUCCUACCUGUGUGCUCCUGUUGGCUAGAACAAACCAGACUAAUGUUUACGAUUAUACCGUCAAAAUACCAUUGCACAAUUUGGCUGUGAAUAAGUCGACCGACAGUGAAACCGAUUUAAGUUUAUUGAUUGCAGAUCUUAAUUCCAUGAAUAUGGAUGUUAUUCCUUGUCAAAUAACACUUGCAUGUACAGAUCAAAAUGCUAGAGAUCUUUUGGUAUCUACAUUAACUGACCUUAUUCAAUAUCAGACCCAGAAUGAACAGUCACCAAAUAUUGAUCAAUGCCAUAUAAAAAAUGAGAGUAUUUCUUUGGAUUUCUUGGGUCAACCUGAUUCGAGUAGUUUGGACAAACAUGAAAAUACAUCUCAAAGUUCUUUACCUUUACGAAAGGACACACUAGAUAAUGAAAAAUUAAAAUCAUCAUCAAAAGUGACCAGAGAUGAAAAUAAAGAAAUUGAUCAUCAUCAGCAUCAAUCAACACUGGUGAUGUCUACAUCGUCCAUGAAGGAUCCUCCAAGUUACAAGUUUUCUCUUGACUCCACUGAUAAUUUGGUUGUUCAACAUACUUACACAAAAGAUAUUUCCAAAUUAUCCUUUGUCAAUAAUGAUAAUGAUAAUACUGUGGAAAUCACAGAUAAUUGUAAUUUCAUCAGCAAUUCGACUAAUAAUAGUGAUAAUAAUAAACUUCGCCUCUCCUCAUCAUUGACAAAAAGUAAAGCUCCCAGACCAUUGACUGAACCAUCGAAUAUAUGUGCUGGAGAACUGGACAAUGAAAGUCAACAUCAUCAAUCAUCAGUUAUUGACCCUCAAUCAAAACAAAUCUCUACACCAGGGGAUAACGCCUACACAGUGGUUCUAACUCCAGAUGUAUUAACAUCAUCUUCAGGCUUACGUUUUUUGCCGCAUAGAAUUACCACUAAUGCCCAUGUUCUUUGGUUUGAUAUUGAUAAAUCGAUUGUUAAUACACGACAGUCAUUUUCAGCAUCGAUUGAUUUGCCUGGUAUUAUUACUUAUAAAAAUAAUGAACAAUUAUCAUCUGAUGAUGACGUAAUUCAUGCAAUUCAUUGUCUUCGUGUUGAUGGUCCUUUAGAUUUUAGUAGAGACGAUAGAAUCGGCUCAGUUAAUGUAUUAAAUAACUUGGGAUUACUUAUUGAUCAAAAUAUUCCUGGUCUAUUGGUAGAUUUUUCUAUUUUGCACAAGAAUCAACACAACCGCGUGAGAGCUCAAAGUCCUAAGGUUACCGAUUCAAGCAAGGAAUUACGUCGUAAACGUGGUGAUGAAAAUGAACUUCGGACAGUGGAUGAUACGAAAAUCCUACAAGUUAUUGAAGCAUAUUGCGCUAGUUCAUGGGCGCAUCCCAGUUAUCGAACAUUGGACUCCGUAAAAAAUGAUUGUCAAAUAGGUGGUCAAGGUAUUCUAUCACCAGUUGAAAGCCGAACAUUAUUACAACAUUUCCGAUAUCCUAAAAAGCCGUCUACAUCAUUUCUAUCCACAUCAUUGGGUAUGUAUUCGAAACAAGAACAAAACUCACAUAUAACAGAUGCUUCCAUAUUUGAGUUAUCUCGACAAAGCCUACCUCUUUCUAUGUUUAGUUCAAAAGCAUCAUUGAAACGAUCUGAAUCAAAGAACAAAUCACAAACAUGCUUAUCACAAGAAAGUACAGUUUGCUUAAAUCAGAAUGUAGCAGCUAAUGUGACCACUUCAAACAGUAGGAUUAUCCCCAAUGUUACAACUAGUACUAGUUGUACCAACUGUACUCCAUGCAAUCCUAAUCAAUCAUUGAGUUAUACGCUUAACAUGCAAUGUGAAUCAAUUUUAAAAACAUUUUCGCCACCUCCAGUAAUUCUACCAACACACAGUGGUCGGCGUUAA